GACAUGAUUUUCAUGAUUUUCCACUAUUUGUUGACACCGUCUGUCAGUUGGAAUCGCAACUUUCAGCAUGCCUCAUCUACUGCGUCAAAAUCUGCUUUUGCCCGCAUCACCCACUGUCACCCUCUACGAUCCACGUACACACCUACGUCACCUGCCACCUGCCUACAACACCGCCCAGACACCUUACAGCCGGGACAAGGAUUUUGCGCCACAAUUGCGCUAUCAUCUGGAGUUACCCCGCAAAUCCAAACUGCGACCCUGCAAAAUCAUCUUCGUGGGUGACUGUGCCGUGGGUAAAACGGCCAUAGUGAAUCGCUUUUGCUAUGACAAGUUCCAAUCCAACUAUAAAGCCACCAUUGGCGUAGACUUUGAGCUGGAAAACUUUAACAUACUCGGACACAAUUUUAGCCUAGAGAUUUCCUUCUACAGGUGGGACACAGCGGGUCAGGAGCGUUUUAAGUGUAUAGCGGGAGCCUAUUAUCGCAAUGCAAAUGUCAUUGUUGCCACUUAUGACAUGUCCAAGCGGGAGAGCCUCAACUCUGCCAAGAGAUGGCUAGCUAAUGCCCUCAACUACAACACGGGACAGCAGCCGCUGAUAUUUUUGGUGGGCACAAAAUCUGAUCUGCUGACAAAGGAGGAGUUUAUGAGCAUGGAACGUGUGGCGGGAGGGGCAGCCAGCGAGUUGCAAGCCGAAUAUUGGUCUGUUUCAGCACGUUCUGGAUACAAAAUCACAGAGUUCUUUCAACGUUUGGCUGCGCUUGCUUUCCAAACAAACGUGCUACAACAAUUGAAAGCUUUAAACGCAACAACAACGCAACAACCAGUACAAACAGACAAAUCUCAAACAUUUGAUUUACGCAGGUACUUUAGCGGCGCCUCUCGCAAACAAAAAAGUGGUUGUGCUUGUUGAUUUGUGCUAAAGUUUACAUAUUAUUCUUAUUUUUAAUUAACUCCAUAUUCAAUUGUAUUAUCUGCGCUCCAUUAAAACAUACAUACAUAUAUUUUAAAAAUAAAUCGAAACAGUGCUGCCAAAUUCUAUUAU